CAAUACAUCAAUUUAACUUUCACCGAAACCAAACCACUGACACAAAUCUUGCUUGUUGAAAACUAGAACUCGCCAACCGGGAACAAACUCAUUCAGUUCAAUUAGUUAAGAUCUACCCGACCCGGAAAGUAGAUGCCCUAAUAAACCGCUGUACGCUACAGUUUUCACUUUUCCGGCUUUCAGCUCACAGUUUUGCGAAAGCUUUGGCUCUGUUUUCUCCUGUUCUCGCAAACCAAAGGGAACAUCAGGUCACUAGCGCUGUCUCCCUCGCGGCGAAGAGUGAUUAAUGGACUGGAACAGUACUCUGGCGGAGCAAGCAGAGCCGUCGAUGAGCCGCCGGUCUUCUCUACCGCUAUCCUCUACCAUUCCCGCCAGCCCUAACACCGUCUGGGUCGACGCCACCCCGCUCCUCCAGGCCGCUUGCACAGAUCUUCUGGAUGGUGAGCUCAUUCACGGAGAGAAUUUCAAUCUUUUCGCUGCCAUGUCUGCUUUAGAGAUAAUGGACCCAAAGAUGGAUUCUGGCAUGAUAUGCAAGUACUAUUCAGUUGAUGAGGCAAUCGAAGACGGUGUUGGUCCAGUUCCAAUAAGCUUUGAUAGAACCACAGAUGUUCAAUGCACAUUAGAUAUCAUGGACCAUCUCUUAGCUUGUGAGGCAACGUGGCACAAGGGUCAUUCACUUGCUCAAACUGUGUUCUCUUGUAUCUACUUGUUGAGGCCCGAGAGAACAGUUCCAUCCCCAAUAUUGCAUUCAUAUUGCAAAAUCAUUCGGGCUACCUGCAAGGCUAUUGUUUCAGUUGUCUCAGAUGCCCGUACACAUGAAGAAGAGGAUCUUUUUACCAUGGCUUAUGGACUUCCUUUGGACGGGGAUGGAGAUGAAAAGAGCUUGUCUUUGCUAAAUGCUGUUGAAGAGAACCUGUGUCGUCAGUUGCGUGCUUGCAAGGCUCAAUCAUCUAGAAGAAAACAAGAUAUGGAACCUUUGCAAUCUGAUAUUGACAUGGAGGAGGGCUACUGUAAAGCAUUGUUAUGCCGCUUACGCUUUCGUAAGCAUUUUUUUCAUGUACUUGCUUGUAUGAGGCGGCCUCAAGGAAAAGGCUUGGAGCUGGCCAGGAAACAUAUAGCUUCAUCCAUAUCAGAGCUGGAGUGCAUUCGUAAAUCAGCAGACUUUCUAAUAUCAACUGCUUCUGGCGGUUGUUCAAUUGGUAUCGAAGAUAGAACAACUGCAUCUGGACGGCAACCUAUUGGUUUUGAUGCUAGUUUGAAUAGUAGAGUCUCUGCUCCUGCUCCACCUCGCUCAAUAAAAAUGCUUAGUUGGAAUAAGGCCAUUGAGUAUUUUGAAAAACUUCUUCGUGAUCUAGAUUUUAUUUGUUCCUAUUCAUUGGACCCAUCCUUGGAAGUUCUGCUACGGUUCGUGACCCAGUUUCAGAGUUCUCGACCUGAUCUAGUUGCAAGAUCACAUCUUCAGCUUUUGCUGGUUCAAGAGGGAAGGCUUUAUGGACGGGAUCCUAUGUUUGCUGUAAUUACUAGAGCUGCAGGGUUGCCUGAAACCACAAAGAACCAUGAUAUUCAGAGAUAUGAAUCUGUUAUGCAACUAGGGCAGUUAGUCAUCAACAUGCUCAAAAUUGUUUGUACAAAUACUGCAUGGCAAAGGCGUAAACUAGGAAAAAGUUUGCAAGAUUGGCGUGUUAUCUAUGUACAGCUAGAGCUUGCUUUCACAAACAAGUUUGGAGAAGUAUUGGCAGCUUCAAAAGACGAGAAUGGUGUGGCAAGAGUUGUCAAACAAAUCCUGAUAUGGUUGGAGGAGCAGGCAUACUGGAUAGCGUUUCGGUUUCUCAUGUUGGGCUUCGAGUUGGAGCUCUACUCGCCUAGCGAAUUCUUCAUGGUAUACUGGUACCUUUAUGCUGUCUUGGUCAAGCUAGCUGAGAAAACAGAUUCUAGAAUGGAGAUCACUGAGAUCACUGCAGCUAAACGGAAGGGAAAGAAACGAAAGGAUUCAUCGAAAGAUGUAGGAAGAGAGACUCGGAUUCCACCAGCAGUGCGUUUUCUUCAGUGUCAAAUCCACCUCGUCGAAGGGCUCACACUCCUGCAUGCUGCUUUAAGAAACGAAAUGGCGGCCUUACACAGUCUAACCCCAUUCAACUCCGAACAAGAGAUCUUCCUCCAGCAUUUCGAGCUUCUCCAGAAAGCUUGUAUUCCAGAGCAAAUAACCUACCACUCGUUCAAGGAAUCCACUUCGUACGCCAGGUUCUCGAACAUAGCAACGCCCAACUGCUUCCAACAAGCACAGAAGAUGGCCAAAGAGCUCAGGAGCAGCUUCUCGAACGACCAUGACCGGCUAGCCGAGCUCAGGAGGUUAGAACAGGUGGCGGAGCACAACAGCGUGGCUAUGAACGUCAUCUGCCAGCUCGGAGCUGUUGAACCCAAUUCCCUGAAGGUUUCGUUCGAGUUCGUACACCACCCUUGUUAUGCGACGGCUGUAGUUCGGCGAGCUUGAGAGGCCAAAUGCAGCACAAAUUUUGGAAGCCCAUUUGUUAGAGAAGGCAAUCAGUCAGCUAAACAGUUGUUCCCUCUGUAACAUUCUGUAACUUGUUUUUUGGAAAAUUGCUCCUCUUUUUCUCUCCAUUUGUUUACUUUUCCUAGGAAUAUAAGUAGUUAGUAUUC